AAGCCCUUUCAGUGCAUCGAGUGUGGAACAUUUUUUCUUACCAAAGGAGGCCUCACACGUCACGGGCAAGUUCACAAAGGAAGAAAAGAUCACAAAUGUUUAGACUGUGGGGCAGUAUUUGCUUAUUUGUCAACCCUGAGAAAACACAGCCUGAUAAAGCACGUAGGAGUGACCUCUCUGAAAUGUUUGGAGUGCGGUAAAUGUUUUUUCAGGAAUGACAGCCUUGUGAGGCAUCGGAGAAUUCAUACCAGAGAAAAACCUUAUGAAUGUCUGGAGUGUGGGAAAUCUUUUGCUUACAAGGAAUAUCUUCACGUCCACGAGAGGCUUCACACAGGAGAGAAACCUCACACCUGCAGGGACUGUGGGAAGGACUUUGUGCGUAUUGGUGACCUUCGGACCCAUGAGGAGAUUCACACAGGGAUAAAAUCUCAUAAGUGCUCUGAGUGCGGAAAACUUUUUGGUUGGAGUUCAUCUCUCCGGAGGCAUAAGAAAAUUCACAAAAGGCUGGAAAAUGAAGCCAAAAGGAAAAAAGAAAAAAAUUGAAUUUCAAAAUAAUUAUGUUAAGGCUGGAAUGGAAAAAAGAAGGUUAUUUUAAGAGGGGAAAGUAGCCCUUAUCAACAAAUGAGUCCCAGCCACCAAAACCAACACAAGACCCAAAACAACA